AUCUAGAACCAUCGAAACAGUACAAAAAGAGAAUAAUCGUUCACUGUGGCCUCAAAGUUGAUAUGAAGACAUCUUUACCGUUUCGUCUCACGAUCUGAAUUUUCGCUGAAUUCUUGACCUGGGGAAAAAACAAAUUGUUAAACUUAGCUGUACGAUUGAUACUGACAACAUACCUACCUGCUUGGACCCUGCUUGUGAGAAAAGGUCACUGAAAAGGAAGCAAGGCUAAUCGAGUUUUCGGGUCAACUAAACUAAACUCUAAAACAAGAAUAAAUAUGUCAAUGCUCAAAGCGUUUGCUAAAGAAAUGUUUACGAACGACRCUGGAAACGAGGAGGAAGACAAAUACUUAGGAUUCAACAUGAAGGAACAGCUUUUUCCAGAUCGUAAAGGAUGUGRUUGGACAUUUCUUCGUUUUCUCAUCGACACUCUUUUCAUUCUGUCUUAUCUCGUUCUUUCUAUCAUCUUCAUYUCUUUCUUUGUUUCUGCUCUCGCUUUCAGUCUCAGCUUAUCACUGGACAUGACCUUUGAGAUGCUGUCUCCAGUGGGCUCCACGCAGUCCAAGAAGAACAUCAUCUCAGUUUGCUUGUUCUUUCUUCUUUGUUCUGUUCUCGUCCUUGUUUCUCUGAUGCUUUCCCUUUUCUGGGAAGUUCUCAAAGCCGUUCUCCUCAAGAUUUCCAUCAAGUACAAUAUUGCUCGAGUAGUGCUUCUUUUGCUUAUAGUAGUGACCAGUGGAGUCUGGGCCGGCGUAGUUCCACCCGUGGACUCACAAGUCAAUUUUGCGGACUUUUUUCAAUACAUCUCCGUAGUAGUUUGGGUUACAGCCUUUGGGUUGUCAGUUCUUGGAUCACUACUUUUGAUCGUCUUUGUCUUUACGCAUUCUGUCAAGAACAAGAAGAUUCUAUGUGUUCAUGUCUGUAUUGCUGUGAUGUUCGUGGUUUUCUCUGUCAUCAGUCCUAUUGCAUUCGGCAUCAUCACUGAUUCUUCAGUUGGUAUCAUCGCAUUUGUGUUAUUGUUACCGCUUUUCACUGCCUUUGUCGUUAUCUAUGCUUACAUCAGAGGUAAAAUGAAAGACCGGAACAAGUACAUCUUCAACAAGUAUCCUUGUCUCUUGUAUCUUAUUCUUUUCUUGCUGACUGUAACUAUUUUUACUUCUGUAAUGAACGCACCGACUGGUUGUGGUAGUCAAUGCGAGAAGGAGCUUAAGCAAAAUGCGUCCACAAUCAACAGACAAACAUUCCUAAAACAACGCUACCAAAUCUGCACCCAAAGAUGGACCUCAAAGAUGUUCAAUAUUGCUGACAUGGCUUUCUUUGCAAACCUGACGUACAACAGACAAGUUGUUAAACCCAAUUCCACAGCAAUACAGCAACUUGCUAAUGACUUCUUUAAAACAAGAAGCAUGACUUGGACGGUGAAGUACAUCUCCAGUUCCAUGCCAUAUUUCAUUCAUUUACAAACUGGAUUUGUUCACGUUAUCGGUAUUCGUGGAUCCAAAAACACGUUGGAGUUUGUAGAAAGUGCAAAACUGUGGGAUGAAACUGCUGUGCUGCAAUCCCUCGCGUUGGUUUUCCCCAUUCUUCAGAAUCUACCAAUCAAAUUCAAAGCAGAAUACGUCUCCAAAAGCUCCUUUAUCAACAAAAUCUUUCACGCGGGCUCCAACAGCCAUUUCUUCCAAUCUAUCGAGGAUUACGUCAAACAAGUCAAGAACACGAGUGAUGUGGUACUUGUUGGACACUCUCUUGGAGGCGGCAUCGCCAAGAUCAUCGGAGCCCGCCAAAAAAUAUCCGCUGUUGCUUUUUCAAGCCCUGGAAUUGGGAACAGCUAUAUCAAGUUUGGAUUCUCUCUUCAAGAUGCCAUGAAGUUUGUAGUGACCAUCGCUCCAGAUGGGGAUGUUAUUCCAAUGGUCGAUCAACUGUAUGGCCAGGUCCAGACUAUUCGAUGUACUGGAGAGAAUUUCGUACGGUGUCAUCUCAUUUCAAGAACGUAUUGUGAGUUACAAUUUGGAUGUGGAAUCUUAGUGCCCGGAUGUGAAUCUAUUAUUUAUACCCAGCAAUAAUUAAAUAGACCAUAUAUCCAUGAAAAACGUUGUAAGAAAUUGCAAAAAUUAGUAAGUUCAAUAGACAUCAGCAGACCAUAGGUCUACAAAACUUUGCACUAUUUUGUACAAUUU